AGUGUUGAAAACCGAUUGCAGAUUUAACGUAUGUUUGCGGACUUGCACGUUGUUUUGUAAAUUCAUUACAUAAAUUGAGAAGAAGUGCAUCCGAUAUGUACGCCCUGCUCCGACGCUUUGCCGGCGUCACCAACUUGGGCUGUCCCAUCAGAAGCUACGCCUCCUUUACGCCCAGAGAUAUAUUGCGGAGCAGCGAUGAGACCGGCACACUGCUCACCCGCUUCGCCAAGCACAUUGCAAUGGAGCGCUACAGGGAUUCGGAUCACGUGCUACCCAAGACGACAGUCCGGUACUCUGACUUCUUUCCCAUCACGGACGACCGGUACUUUCAGCGGACGGUGCAGAAAACGGAUGCCGCCCAAUUGCCCGCCCUGAUCAUCCAGGCUUCCAGCUAUCGCUCCAAUGCCGCUGUGCCCAUGUAUGUGACGGCGCUUAACACGUUGGAUAACCAUGCAGCCAAACAGCUGGACAAGAUGGAUACUUCCACCGUGCUGGAGACUCUCUACUCCUUUCUAUUCCUCAUACCUAGUUGGAUAAAGCGAAUGAAUUUUUACCAAGCAGCCAUGCAACGACUGGUAAAGGAGGACUUUCGCGGAAACAAGGAGCGAUUCGUUCAGGUGUGCUUCUAUCUGGGAUUGCAAAAGAAGCAGGCCCAAUCUUCUGAGGACUUCCAGAAGCUCCUGGAAGAGCAUCUACCAUCGCAUCUGCCCGCCCUAAAUGAAAUGGACCUUGCUGUGGUAAGCAAUGCGGCGUACAAAACUUCAACCUUGGUAACCGGUGAGGCGAAAUCAGCAUAUGAAGCAAGCCUCGUUAAUGCCAUAUUAAAUCUGGAGCUCAACACCGGAAGCGAUGCCUUGCUGGUUUCGUUUGUCAAGGCAUUGCGGUUGCAGCAAGUCAAAGACGAACGAGUGUGCCAGCACCUGCAAGAUAUCUGUCUGGAUCCUGUAAAGAUAACCCAUAUUGAACCCCGAGGACUUGCCCAUAUCUUUGCAUUCUUUGCCGAGCAGCUUUGGGAUCAGAAUGAAUGCCUAACUGUCGUCGUAGAACGACUUAUGACUCUGCUCAAACCUGGAGACCUACGCUCCAAGGACUUGGCCACAUUCCUGUGGGCCAGCGCCCAACUGAAUUGUGCAUUGACUCCUGAGCAAAUCAGACAACUGGAACUGGCCGCUCUACGCAUGCUGGAUCAUGGGGAGUACGACUAUUUUGCUGACAACCUUGUUGACACCUGCCUCUCUCUGUGCACUUUGGGUCACUACUCCAAGGACCUGAUUAAUGCAGCUGAAGAACUAAAAGCAGCCCAAAAACGCCAGCGAGCCCAACCCAAGGUGGAUAGUCGCUUGAAUGUGCUGCGAUCUGCUGUAGCCAUUGAGCAGCCUUCAAUUGCUAAAGUUAAAAAAGAACGAGCUUUUAAAGAGUUUGAUGGUGCUCCAGCUUAUUUGCUAAAAGAUCGCCCAGACUUAAAGAAAUACGCCAAGGAGCUAAGUGGCGACGCGGAUGUGGAGGGCGUAGAUGUGGUGUGUCCCAUUGUCGGAAUAAAUUUGCCAAGCUUACGAGUGCAGACAAUGGGUGCCCAGGAGAGUGUGUACUUUGUUGAACUACUCACCGCAGAACAGACGCUGAAAUUCAGCAAGAAACCGACUUCAUUAAUACGUCUUAAGAAAAGACUUUUGGAAUCCCUUGGCCGAAAAGUUGUAGUACUGAACUCAACAAAAAUGGCCACCAAUGCAAAGUAACUCCACCAACUCUUGGAACCGACAGCUAAUGCAGGAGAAGAAUCCAAGGUUGCCCAAGGCGUGGGCAACUGAAUUGUGUGAUAUAAUAUGGGGCCAUAUCGGCCUUCUAGGCUAGUUACAAAUCGUAGCUUUAUUUAACAUUGUUUUAUGUACUUGUACAUAUUAUUUAAAUAUUAAUAGCACUAAACAUAA